UGGGCGGGGGAAUGGGGGGUGGCUACGGCAGUGGCUACGGAAAUAUGGGCAACUACGGAAAUAUGGGAGGCUACGGCAAUAUGGGCGGUUACGGCAUGGGUGGCCCAAUGGGACAGCAAGGCCCACUGUCGCUGACACAGCAGCUGGACGCCUCAACGCGCAGCACAUUUCAGCUAGUCGAAUCCCUCGUGGGCGCAUUCGGCGGUUUCGCGCGCAUGCUCGAGUCAACAUACUUUGCCACCCACUCCUCCUUCAUGGCAGUACUCGGCGUCAUGGACCAGUUUGGCAUGCUACGUACGUCCCUGGGCAGCACUCUUGGAUCAACCUUUGCCUAUGAUGGUUUCCGCAAACUUGUCUCUAGGAUUUCCGGACGCCCGAUGAGCGUCAACAAGAAGGAUUUGGAUGCCGGCGGGUUCGCCGAGUACGAGAGGCGAUCGCGCGUGAGUAAGCGGUCGCUGGUAAUGUUUUUUGCCAUCAUUGUUGGGUUACCGUACUUGAUGACCAGAGUGAUCCGGUCGAUUGCUGCGCGGCAGAGAAGGUUGACUAUGCAGCAGCAAGUUUUGGCCUCGGGUGAUUUUGCCUCUGCUGCUAUGGCGGGUCCGGCGAUGCGCGCGGUUGGGUUGGAGUUUGCACAGGCACAGUAUGACUUUAAGGGCGAUACGGGUGCAGAGCUGAGCUUUAGGCGCGGGGAGCUGAUCGCGGUCAGCAGUAAGGUUGAUAUCUGGGGCAAGCCCAGUGAGUGGUGGCGAGGGUCAAUGCAGGAUGGGCGCGAGGGACUGUUUCCGGCAAAUUACGUUGCUGUGAUUAAGCCUGGGCAGAACCCAAAGGCCAUUGUUGCUCAUUCAGCUGCGGAUGCUGCUCAGGCAGUUAGCGCUGCUGAAUUCCAAAAAGUAGAAAACACUUUAUAGAUUUUAUUUUUAAAUGAGAUGGAAAAAAACGUGACUUUUUUAUUUGGGGCCUGCGUCGACUCGGCUUAACUUGG